AUGCGCCUCCUCACAUUCCUUGCGGUCGCGAUCGUAGCGCCCAUCGUUGGUCUUGCGGCCCCUGCUAGCGAAGCACCAUCCUAUGCAAGAGGCGAGAACCUCUGCAGCCAGUACAAAUCGCCCCCAAAGCUCUGCACACCCGAUCCGACUGUGACCGUGGAAGAAACGGCAAAGCGAGCGUAUCAAUUCUACAAGGCGUUCGUAAUCGACGGCGAUGCGAGAACCAUGUUCUCCCUCAUUGACAAUUCGUACAUCCAACAUCACCCGGGAUACGCCAAUGGCCCGCAGGCCAUUUGGUCGCUGUUCUGCAAUGGAAAGCCGGUAGGUAGUGCGUCAGGCUCAUCUUGGUGCUUUGACGCUUCCACAAACAUGAGUUAUGCCCAGUACUCGACUACUGAUCGGUGGCGCUGGGUUGAUGGAUGUGUCCACGAGCAUUGGGACUCAGGAGAGAAAAUCCCCAAGGACAAGUGCUACAAGUUGAAUACUACAUCUAUAUACUGA